CUGGCCCGCCCUGCCACGCUGGACGCCAGCUCGGACGCCUAACUUGGGCGCGCUGACUGGAUUUUCUUGGAAUCGCGAUCUAGCUCAAGUGGAGAGAGAUGGGCAAUGUCGUGUGAUUCGUGGGCGAGCCGCGAUGGAAGGCAGCGGCGACAGUGGCAGAUCUUGGAUGGUGCGGGGUGUGCUGGUAUUGGGAGGGGUGGCGGCGGCAGCUAUGGCGUGGCGGCGAGGAAUGUGGUGGCGGAGCCGGUCGCGCGUCGUUGGGAUCAUUCCCGCGCGCUAUGCUUCCUCGCGCUUCCAAGGCAAGCCCUUGGCUCUCAUACUUGGCAAGCCCAUGAUCCAGAGGACGUGGGAACAAGCCAGGCUCGCGAAGACUCUCGACGCUCUAGUUGUGGCCACCGACGACGAAAGGAUUCGACAAUGCUGCGAGGAAUUUGGCGCGGAGGUUGUCAUGACAUCGGAGAAGUGUCCCAACGGAACCGAGCGCUGCAACGAGGCUGUCAAGAGGCUCAAGCGCAAGUUCGACAUCGUCGUCAACAUCCAAGGUGAUGAGCCCCUUAUCGAUCCGGAUAUCAUCGACGGGGUGGUGAUGGCGUUAAAGGCUUCGCCGGAUGCCAUGUGUAGCACCGCAGUCACGUCGUUAAAGCCUCAGGAUGCCUCGGACACGAACAGGGUCAAGUGCAUUGUGGACAAGCAAGGCUAUGCCAUAUAUUUCUCGCGAGGUUUGCUACCUUUCAACAAGAAAGGAGUGGCCAACGACAAGUUUCCUUACUUACUACACCUUGGCAUCCAGUGCUAUGACGCACACUUUUUGUCCAUGUAUCCCCUGAUUGCGCCAACCGCUCUUCAGCUGGAAGAGGAUUUGGAGCAGCUCAAAGUCAUUGAGAAUGGCUAUAAAAUCAAGGUGAUCAACGUGGAUCACGAUGCACACGGUGUGGAUUCCCCUGGCGACAUCGCCAGCAUUGAGUCUCUAAUGCGGGGGAGGAACAUCGCCUAAAGAGAAGCGAUAAAGAUUUAGAUGACAAACAAAGGGCAGCCAGCCAUCGCCAUCCAGGUCAAGCGUGAAAAUGACACCAAACGCUUGUGUGCUUGGACAAGACAAGUUAUUGUAGAGCCAACCAGCCAGCAAAAGUCGUUUGUCCGGCGAGGAUAUCGCAGCAGCAGCAUUGCAAGUCGGCGCGCGGGGGAAGAGAAAAGAAAAGAAUGAUCUGAUCCCGGCGUCAGACGAUUCAUAAGCCUCUUUGUACUUGCGCAGGCAGCCGAGCAAUCCUCUCUUGCUAUUCUCCACGGCUCGCUGCGACUUUGUGGUGACAUGAACCUUUGGCGACGCGCCAGCCAGGCAGCGGCCAGCAUACAGGCACACAGUGAUAGCAAAGCAGCAUGCAGGGAUUUUAUUCGUCCUCCGCUUUCUCGUCGCUCCCUCCAUCUUCUCAGAUGAUGCAGCGCCACUGGCCGUGGACGACGAAUGUACCGCAAGGACUCUUGAAUGCAAUGGAGCAGUGGCCCGUGAGGUGAUGAGGAGUUGAUGGCGAUUUAUCUGAGCGAGGCGGCCAGCAGCACUCGCUCGCAUUUUACGAGCAUUUUUAUCUCUCGGACUUCCCUGUGACUUGUGGCUGGCUGGCUGGCUGUGGCUGGCUGCCUCAAACUGGUAGUCAGAUAAGAUUUUGAUCUGUGAGUGAGUGACAGCCAGCUAUGUCUGUCUACAAACACGGUGAUGCGUGUUGAUCCAA